AUGGCUGGACAGCGGACGGGGCAAGAGAAGGGAGAGGGCGAAAGAAGAGAAGGGCCGGGCACAAUGGGAGAUGAGGAGGCAGGGAGACAGGAAGGCGGGCAAGGGGGGAAAGGGACGCCGCCAGACAGCUCGGCGAAGCAGAAGCGCGAGGGAAGGGAAAGGAAAGAGACGAGCACACAGGAGCGGGAAGGGGAAGCGGGGAAGAAGGGGAGCGGCGAGGAGGCAGGGAAGACAGGGGGAGAAGAGCGAGAAGAACAGGGAAAGGAGAGGAGCAGGGGAAGACCGGAAGGGAGGGGCAGGGGAGGAAAAGGGAGAGAAAGAAAAAAGACAGCGGCCGACAGGAGAGCCAGGGGAAAGAGAGCGUGA